AUGGCCCAUCUUCGCGCCAUGGGGCGGUGGUUCCUGCUUGGCGCAUUCGCUGCUCGCGCGGCGAUCGUGCCGAGCACCGAAACGUGUGAAGCGCUGAGCAAUUGUUCUCCUUCACAAUGCCAAUCAGUCUCGAACUCACCGUGCAGCUUUACUGAUCCGAACAUCGAUUGGCCAGAGCUUAUUGGCAGCGUUUCCUGCAAAAGCUGCACUCAAAGCUCAGAUGCCAGGUGCUCCGUGUCUGGCAUGCAAGAGGUAUUCAACACGGAUGCCACAUCUGCUGUGAAAGCUAUGUACUGCAACGACAACUAUCUGGUGGUUUGGUCUGCUGGCAAGCCCCCCACCGAUGACACGCUGGCGAGCAUCCCUCGACCCCCUGGUGGUGGAGGCGGCGGUGGCUACGAGAACGAGUGCGUGACGCGGUCGACCAUCGAGCAGUCGCAGACCUAUAAGAUUCCCUUGACCUCGCCGCCGGACGAAGCCUAUGAAUGGACGCCCAAUCCCCCGGCGGGCGCCUCUGGUGUGGGCAAGAAUGGCGUUCCCUUUUAUCCAGGCUUGGACAAUGGUGGCCAUUGGGUCUGGGAUGUCUGUGAAGCCGACAAGUGCAAUGCACACGUGGGCCGUGGAGGCGAUUACCACUACCACGGUGACCCCAUCGGCUCUGCUUGCGUCUACACCGCCGACAGCUACACGAACAACGACCCCCAUACGGUGAAGAUUGGUUACGCGCUGGAUGGAUAUCUGGUGUAUGGUCGCUAUACUGCCUCCAAUCAACCGGGAAUCGAUGUGGAUCUGGAUCUCUGUGGUGGCCAUUCGCACGAUUCCUAUGGCUAUCAUUAUCAUCCCAGUGUGGAAACCAGGAGUGGCUCUAGUCAGCUAGUCUCUGGAGACUACACGGCCUACUACUUGGGGCCAAAGAAAUGCUUCAAGGGACAGGUGAGCAGUAUCUCCAACUUCUAUGCAGAUGCCUCCAAGCCCUACACGCAGGGGGGCAUGGACGUGGGCCAGCCCAACUAUGACAACACCCUCAAGCAAUACGAUGUGAGCAGCCGCAGCGACUACGAAGACUUGAAGCCCUGUUGCUCCAUGAGCAACUCCUGGGCGGCCAGUGGCAUUAGCUUCGAUACCACUGGAAACACUGGCAAGGAUGGCACCACUGGCACAGGCACCACCGGUGGCGGCACAGGGGGUACCACCUUGGGCUCCUGCAGCGGCACGGACGACAAAGGGAAGACCUGCCCGCCGGACUACACGGCGGACAAGCCUUGCCCUCCCGGCUGCACCACCAUCCCAGCUGGCUCCACCACGAGCGGCGCGAACUCCGGUGCGACGACCACCGCGACCACCGCGAGCAGUGGGUCCUAUGAGUACACCACGGCGAACGCGCUGAGCUACAUGUGCGGAAGUCUGGACACCACUGGGCGGGAGAUCACGUGUGGCCAGGGGGAAUACCCUGCCGGCAACAACGAAGGCACUGAUGCGAGCAUCUCUUGCUCCUCUGGAACCAUUGAAUGCUUUGUCUUUGCCUCGGUUGGCCUCGUGGGCGGCUCUUGUAGCGGAGAUCCCUUCGCAGAAGAUCCCAGUGGAAAGUGGGCCUACAUGCCCGAGAGCGUGGCCAGCGCGUGCGUGGGCCAAGCCUCCUGCACAGUGGUUGUGGGGGAUGGGACUUUGAACAGUGAGGCGGUGUCACCCUCCACCGCUGGCUAUACCCGGAGUAAAUUCAAAGCCUUGGCCGUGUGCUCCACGGGCGCAAGCACCACAGGCGCUUCCUCCACGGAGACUUCCUCCACGGCCUCCAGCACCAGCAUGGACCCCGUGCCCGAUGGUUCCACCUCCUCUUCGCAUCCGGCAGUGAGUAGCAGUGCCGCACCUGUGCCCGUCUCUUCCUUGGCAUGGCGGCCUUUCCUGAAGCUAAUGCUGCUGCAGGGACUCAUAGCUCUCAUUAGUUGA